AAUGCCUCUAUUUUAAAAGUCCACGGUGUGAGUACUGUUUGUAAUGUAUACUGUAUUUUUACUACUAGGCAAUGGGCAUGAAGAACCAGACGUGGGUCAGUGAGAUUGUUCUCUUAGGAUUUCAGAAUCUCCACAACUUCAAGUUCCCCCUGUUCUCUCUGUUCCUUCUGAUUUACAAUCUCACAGUUUGGGAGAACGUCCUCAUCAUAGUGUUGGUGUCCUCCAGCCGGAACCUCCAGUCCCCCAUGUACUUCUUUCUCCAGCAACUGUCCCUAUGUGACCUUCUAGAAUCCACAAUUAUUUUACCCAUCUUGCUCCAAACUGUAUUUUAUGAUAAAGUCAUAUUGCCUUUUAUUGGUUGUAUGAUACAGUUUUCAAUUUUUGCUGUUCCAGAAGCUUUUGAGUGUUUGCUUCUAGCAGUAAUGUCCUAUGACAGAUAUGUGGCCAUUUGUAACCCACUGCGUUACUCUUCUAUAAUGUCCCACAGGGUUUGUGUCAAAUUAAUUCUGAUAUCAUGGCUGCUAAGCUUCAUGUUUGCAUUGCUUCUUGCCAAUACAGUUGUUACCCUACAGUUCUGUAACCAAAAUACUAUAAACCAUUUCUUUUGUGAUUUCUUUCCACUUCUAGAGCUUUCCUGCUCAGAUACUUAUUUAGUACAUUUAAAUAUUAUCUUAGAAUCUAUUCCUGUUGUUUUCUUCCCCUUUAUAUUUAUAAUUGUAUCCUAUAUGUGUAUUGGCCGUGCAAUCAAAAAUAUAACGUCCAAUACUGGGAGACAAAAAGCCUUCUCCACCUGCAGCUCCCACUUGGCUGUGGUCUCCAUAUUUUAUGGAACUAUAAUCGCUAUUUAUAUGGUUCCCCCCAGAAAGGAAUCCCAGACUAUAAGUAAAGUUCUGUCUCUGUUAUACACAGUAGUGACCCCAUUGGUUAACCCACUUAUUUACAGCCUGAGAAGUAAAGAUAUCAGAGAUGUCAUUCAGAAAUGUAUAAAUAAAAUAGAAUAUUCUGUAAAUAGGCAGAAGGCCUUGAAAGGUUUAAACAUGUAA